UACUGUGUGUGACUGACAGAGAUGCAGAAGACAGACUACAUGGUGUUCGCAGGACGGCAGUAUUUCCUGGGAGACAAGUGUCAGGUGCGUCUGGAGCCGAAGGGGAAGUACUACAACGCCUUCAUCCAGGAAGUAGGAACACACUCAUCAGCCGUCACCGUCUUCAUCGAGGAGCUGGGAGAGAAACACCUGGUUCCUCUGACUGAUCUGAAACCAGUCAAUCCAGUUCCUGCCUGGAACGUUGCUGCUCCCACGAGAAAAGGAGACAUGGAUUCCGACUCUCGUGGUCAGCGACAUCACCGUCAUCGGUACUUCAGGAAGUCUCGUGGCAGCAGUGGAGUGAAGGGGGGGGAGCUGUUAAUGUCACCACCAUCGACUUACGGAGGCCCCGCCCCCUCUGCUCUGCCUCCCCGCUUCCAGCCAGCAGGCCAUCCCCGUCCACCACCUCCCCCGUCACCAGGAGCCAUGACCUAUGACGCCUACAUCCCCCCGCACCAUCACCAUCCCAUAACCAGACCUCCUCGCUACGGAGCUUCCAGAAGCUCCAGCCGUUUCCUGAACCGACACCUGAUUGGUCCACAGUUGACCUAUUACCACCCUGGCAGACGAUAUUACCACGACUACGAGAACUACGCCUUCAGGUCACGUCGCAGUCGUCGUCAGCUGGCGGCUGCUCUGAAUAAGGAGUGUCAGUUUGGUUUCUCUGCGGACACGGUGGAGGAGCCGACUGAUCUGGAUACAGCCAUCACGUACUACCAGCUGGACGACACCGGAGACGCCGUCUUCCCCCCGCUGCCGGGCCCGGCUGUGGCACCGCCUCCCUCUAUAACAGUCCCACCUCCUCCGGCUGGCCCCUCCUACAGAGUCCAGAGAGGUUCAGGGCCCCUCCCCUCUGCACCUCCACCUGGAAACACCCCUGUGUGUUCAUCAGAGGAGGACCAGGAGGACGCCAGCACUUUGGAGGACCAGGCUGAGUACACAGAGGAGUACAUCUACAUGACUCAGGAUCAAAGCUACCAGACGUCAGACAUUUACACCGCUGCUGAGCCCUCCGCCAACCAGGACGAGCAGGAAGGAGAAACUGCCGACUCUCCCCCGAGACCAGAGAUGAACUACAGCUACACGCAGCAGGUGGUGAAGCCAUUAGCAGUCAUCUGCUCUUCACCCUCCUCCUCGUCCUCCUCACCCUCCUCUCCAUCAUCACGUGUUACUGCAGCUGCUCACCUGCCGACAACCGCACAUACACAGACACGUUCAGUUGCUAUGGCGAUCCCGGCCGCCUCUCCCUGGUUGAUGAAUGAGUUGGGGGAGCCUCUCUGCACCAUGGUAACUCCACCCCCUUACUCCUAUGACCCUAACGGCAGUGAUUUACCCCGAGACUGCAGAGUCCUCCAGUAUUAUUUCAACUUAGGAGUCCAGUGGUACCAUCAGAGCUGUUGGCAGCAGCAGCAGCAGGUGUACCCCGCCACCUCACCCGAGGCCUCCUACCCCUACCAGCACUACACUCCCUACCUGAGCCAGGAGCCCCCCCUGCAUGGAGCUCCACCUUCAUACUCUGAGACAAGUCGAGGCCCCCAUCAGCCCCCCCCUUCUUACCCAGAAUCCACCAGGCCAGGAGAUGGACAGACAGACGGACACAGCAGUGGCCCUGCCCCCUCCAUGGAUACACUCUCCUCCUCCAUCAGCCCUGCCCCUCCAGGCUCCACCCCUUCCUCUGCUCACCUGUACCCGGAUCCAACGCCACUCCCCCCUCCCCCGCUGCUGCACCUGCCAUAUGAAGCUCCGCCCCCUGCCACCUACCUGUCCUCCGCUCCUCCCCCUCCUCUUCCUCACUCGGCUCAUCCUCACUCUGCCCACCUGACCCAUCACUCCUCCUACCAUGCCUGCCUCCCUCCAUCUGCCCACUGGGGGCAGUUACAGACUGGAGGCCACACCACACGAGUCUGCUGCCCCGCUCCAGGCCCCGCCCAUGUGGUGGGUUACAUCACAGCCCCGCCCCCCCACCACGUGGCCCCACACUUCAUCCCCCCCACCAUCUAA